UUAGGGUAAAACAUGCAAUCUGAGCUGUAAAUUAGCCGGAGAAAUCAAUCACCUGUUAAUUGCUGUAAUUUGCUAAUCUGAGCUGAUGAGAACCAGUGUCAUGUCUCAAAUGCAGCGAAGUUUCUCUAUCGAUUUGCCUUCACUGAUUCCUCUGCAACUUCCAUCUCGUAGGGAGACUCACCUAUGGUAUAUACUACCAGAUGAAGUGAAAAGCACAUCUCUUUUAAAACGCUACUCUCAAUUUCUCUCGCCAAUUGAGAAAGACAGAGUUGAUCAGAUGCGAGGCGAUGAGCUCAAGAAGAAUGCUCUGCUUGCCCGCACCUUGGUUCGAACAACCAUUGCCAGAUAUCAGACAAAUAAGGCAGUCGAUCCUGGAUCAUUGAUGUUCAAGAAGAACAUGUAUGGGAAGCCUGAGGUAGAUUGGCAGAAUUGUAAGAACUACAAUGUUCAGCCAUUGCAUUUCAACAUUUCCCACACAGAUUCAUUAAUUGCCUGUGGGGUGACAGUACAUGCUCCGGUUGGUAUUGAUGUUGAAGACAAGGAAAGGAAGAUAAAGCAUGAUGUAUUAGCAUUCGCAAAAAGAUUUUACACUACUGAUGAAGUGAACUUUUUGGCAACUAUACUGGAUCCAGAAGCUCAGAGAAAGGAAUUUAUUAAGCUAUGGACUCUUAAGGAGGCAUAUGUGAAAGCAUUAGGGAAAGGCUUCUCCGCUGCACCUUUUAAUACCUUCACGAUCCAGUCUAAGCCUGGAACAGAGGGAGGCUACAGUCUUUGCAAGACAUCUGAAGUGACAGCCAAUCCACUGGAGAAGACAGAGGAAUGCAAUGGAAGAUGGAAGUUUGACCUUUUGGAGUUGGCUGGUUCUCAUUAUGCUGCAGUCUGUACCGAAGAUGAUCAAGCUGACGAAGGUGCAUUUUCAGUUGACACUGAAGGAUCCAUUGGUUUUAGUGGGUUAUUCAUCACAUCUUUUUCCUUCUUGCAGGAGCUCCUAUGAGGGUGAUUGUUCGGAAAACCAUCCCCUUUGUAGAAGACCAACUUAUUUCUGAAAGAAUAUUUUUGUAGUUAGAGUGCAACCUUCAACCUUCUGUAACCAUUUUUUAUAUACAUCCUCUGUAGUAGUACACACUUUGUGAGACUAUGAGAGAAUCACCAGUAAUCCUUGCACGAGCAAA